GUCGACACGCUCCAUAAGUGCAGUACAGACUAGAAGAACUCCAAGGAUCCAUGCAUAAUUUUUGCGAGAGUGAGAGAGGGAGAUGGCGUCCUCCGGAGGAAUUUUCGUCCUUCUCGCUCUGUGCGUCCUCUUCUCCACCGGCUUUACUCAAUCGGAAGCCAGAGAAUUGCGACCCUCCGAUCACGGGCUGCAGUGCCAGGAUCCGCCGCCGGCCGGAGCGAAGCCGUCCCCGGAGAUGGCGUCCUUCUUCGGGGCCUCCCCACCGCCGUCGCCGUCCUCUUCUGACUCGUCCGCAUCGUCGUCUCCGGCGAUGACGAUCCCCACCGCGGCGAACUCAAGCAACAACCCGUGGCUGCGAGGAGGAGGAUACGGCGGCAGCGUGGAAGGGCGAAGAGGGAGGAGAAGUCACGUGAGAGGCGCCCUCUUGGUGGCGAGCAUCGUGUGCGGAAUCACCGGCGUCGCUCUGUUGUUCGCUUCCGGGAUGCUUUGUCUGUUCAAGUUCCGAAAGGACAGGUCUGUGGCGGCAGUGGCAGCUCCACCUCCUUCUUUGCUCCGGCCGCCGCUCCCGCUUCGGCCGCCACUGGCAUCCGGACCGUCGGGAGAUUAUAGGAAGUGACUGGUUCGCGGUUAUCAUUACUGUUGAUGUAGCGUUUUAGUCGAUUCUUGCCAAACGCCAUGAAGAUUAUGGGAAGAAUAUCACAAAAUUAUUCAUUACACCAAAGAAAAAGCAAUGAUUCCAUGAUGACGCAUCUCCCUUUCCUCUGGA